AGGGUUCAAGAAAAAGCGUCUGAGACAGGAGGAGAAAUCACGGUCAACUUGUUCUUGUUGACGGCUUUAGGAGGCCAAUAUGACCCAGCUAGUUAUUCAUCCCCAAAAUACGCCCCUUCAAACCAUGUAACAUCGUACGAUGUUCGCAAACUCAUAUCCCAUCCAUCUAUAACCGCACCUACCAACGCACACCAAAAUCCCAACUCCUUGGCUGCCCUGAAAGCGGCGUCAGAAGUCAGUCCCGCGAAAAUUGAUAUACUACUCACCCAUAUUCCUCCUGCUUCCAUUGCUCUUCAUACUCCAAAUGUUCCGAAAGAGUUGGAGUCCCCAAUUGCCCCACCAUUCGAUGACAUUGUCAGGGCAGCUAUGCCUCGGUACCACUUCGUUUCCCGACCUGGGAUAUUUUGGGAACGAGACCCUUUUGGGUGGCCUGCUCAGUGGAGCUAUGCAUUCAGCAUCGUGCCCAUAACACCUCACACUGCCCUUCCGCCUUUACCAGCAAACGCAACAUACAACCCAUAUAUACCACAUGAAGCAUCAAAAUCACAUCCCAUUUCACAACCAUCACCCCCAGCGCAAAAGAGACAUCUGCCUGAAGAUGAUGGACCUCAGUUUCGCUGGUCGAAUGAGGGCCGUGAUGGCGCAAAGCGGCGCAGAACAGAGACGCAGGCCAAGCCCGUCAGUACACUUGCCGCAUUUGUGGCUCGACAGAGGGUUAUGUCUGCCGACGAUGCCAAGGGACUGAUCACUUUAUUCGAGAUUGUCCUACCAAGGAUGAAACCGGUGAUACUGGAGGAAGAAAGCCUCCACCAGGCUAUGUCUGCCGAGCCUGUGAACAGAGUCGAGAGGGAGAAAACACGAGCCAAAGGACCGCCCAAAGAAAUUAGAGGUCAACUACCAGUGACCAACUCUGAUGACCCCAAAAUGAAGGAACUAUUUCCGGUUCCCGGAGGAGGAGAGUUAUUGAUAAUUCCCAUCAGUCAUUACCCUACAUUACGAUCGCUGCCUGCUGAUGAGGCAGGUCCCACUUUGGCUGAGAUUGACAGGUAUGGAUCUUUAACAGCACUUCCUCUCAUCGAUAUAAUGAUACUGACACAACGGAUGCUUCACAGAGUCCAUGCACAGUUGCAUGUCAUUCCAGUACCCAAUUCAAUCCCUCACGAUGAGGUCGAAAGUUUAUUCCACCAGAUUAGCAAACAGUUACGAAUAGAGCUCAAAGAAGGAGCGGAAGAACUAGAAGAUGUGAUGGACAACUAUGUCUCGAUCGAGCUACCUAGUGGCAAAACGCUGGUUCAUAUUAUUGAUGAAGAAUCAAG